AUGACGAGCAAGGUCGUGCCUAUGGGCACACGCCUGCACUACCCCAUAACCAUAACAAAACUCCUCAAGUCCCCCGGCGACUCAAUCAAGAAGCAGGAGAGCAUCAUCGAGUACAAGUUCACCUGGAGACGCAGGAUCAACGACGACGAAUGGAGCGACGAGACGACCUACACUGAAUUUGACAGUCCUGCUGAGGGCAUCCUCAAAGAAUGGCGCGUCAAGGAGGGAAUGGUCAUUGGUGCCGACGGCCCUUGCAUGCUGGUCGAAGAGUCUUGCGGCCAUGAGGUCCAGAUUCAAGGCAUGUGCAGUCUCUGCGGUGCCGACAUGACCGAGACCAACUGGGCCAGCGAGGAACGCGAUACCGACCGUGCCAUGAUCAACAUGACCCACGACCAGACGGGCCUAAUGGUGAGCGAGAGUGUCGCCACCAAAGCCGAACACGAUACCCAGAAGCGUCUCCUCCGCCAGCGCAAGUUGAGUCUUGUCGUCGAUCUGGACCAGACCAUCAUCCAUGCGUGUAUCGAGCCCACUAUCGGCGAGUGGCAGGGUGACCCUUCAAAUCCCAACCACGAGGCCGUCAAGGACGUCAAGAGCUUCCAGCUCAACGAUGAUGGCCCACGGGGACUGGUAAACGGUUGCACCUACUACAUCAAGCUACGUCCUGGCCUGGCCGAGUUCCUCGAGGAGGUCUCCAGCAUGUAUGAGCUACACGUCUACACCAUGGGUACACGCGCGUAUGCCCUAAAUAUUGCUCGCCUCGUGGAUCCCGACAAGAAGCUGUUUGGCAACCGAGUCAUCAGCCGUGACGAGAACGGCAGCAUUACUUCCAAGAGCCUUCAGCGCCUGUUCCCUGUCAGCACCGACAUGGUUGUCAUCAUUGAUGACCGUGCCGAUGUGUGGCCCCUAAAUCGACCGAACCUGAUCAAGGUAGUCCCAUACGACUUCUUCAAGGGCAUCGGCGACAUCAACUCAAGCUUCCUACCCAAGCGACAAGAUCUCCUACCGGCCCCACCGAAGCCGACUCCUAUCGCGGCUGCUAAAUCGGUUACCAGCGCUGGCAAGGCAUCGCCUCUCGACGAGCUAGUAAGGAUGAGCGGCGGAGACGAUGCGGCCAGCCUGAAAAGCCAGACCGAGGAGCAGGAGAAGACGCUAGAGAAGCAACUCACCGACCGACCGCUACUACACAUGCAGGAAGAGCUGGAUAAGGAGGAUGAGCAUGGACAAGACCCCCAGAAUGGAGACUCGUCACACAGUCAUCACCGGCAUCUGCUGGUUGAUGACGACGAGGAGCUCAUUACUCUCCAAGACCACCUCACUGACAUCCAUACGGCUUUCUACGAGACGUACGACAAGAGACGAGCGGAGCGAAGACAGUCGGAACCCACACACCCACCUGGCCACAGCAAAUCCCGACGGAGGGCAUCCGUGGAUGACGGUGUUGACCUAUCUAUGGUCCCGGAUGCGGGCGAUAUCUUGGACGAGCUAAAGUCUAACGUGCUCUCUGGUCUAGUGAUUGUCUUGUCCGGUCUCGUGCCCUUGGGAGUCAAGGUUGAGGAGUCAGAAAUUGGCAUCCAGGCACAAAGCUUUGGUGCACAGGUUCUAGAUAGCGUCUCUAAACGAGUGACGCAUCUUGUGGUUGCCACGUCGCGACCUCGAACAAAAAAGGUCCAACAGGCGGCCAAGAUCUCGAGUAUCAAGAUUGUGAACCAGAACUGGCUCAUCGACUGCCUAAGCCAAUGGCGGCGCUUGGAUGAACGACCUUACUUUCUGGAUAUCCUUGAGGCGGACCGAGAGAGGAGCGAUGACACCACUGAAGUGGCAUCUGAGGAAGACGAGGAGGAUGAGGCAGAGGCAAAGGACCUCAAAGACUUUGACUGGGAUACGGCCGACAAAGAUUUGCAGGAAAUCCUCGGCCUCGAUGAUGACGAUGACUCGGAGAGUGGCUUUGACAGUGCUGCCAACUCGGACGUGGAGAGCGACGGCACGGACGGUCUUCCGAAGCAGGGCACUAAGCGAAAGGCUCGUGCCGACUCUGAUGAGUCGGAUGAUGACGGCUCUUCUAGCAUUGCAGGCGAGAGCGUUCUGGCCAAGAAGCAGCGUGUGGCAAGGAGCCGAGGUGCCUCAACACUACGGUCAGUACGCACGCCAAAUGGCGAAGACGCCGAUGAGGAGGGUACUAGCCUUCCGACGCCUGGCCCUACUGGAGACGAAGGCACGGAAGGUGACGACAGAACACGGGUCGUCACUGAGGACCAGGGCGAGGACUUUGACGAUGACGAUCUGGAGCGCGAGCUGCUGGCGGAGCUGGAGGCGGCUGGUGAUUGA